AUGGAGAGUGAGGAGGAAUGUCACGAGCUUGGAAUUGAAAUAUCAAAGGAGGAAUCAAAGGAAAGAAUUGAGAGUCUCAGGACCGAUAGAAAGAAGAAGAAGUUGAAAGAGAGAUUGCUUAAGGAAACUGCCAAGGCUGAUAAUCGAGGGGUUUGUUACUUAAGCCGCAUCCCACCGCACAUGGACCACGUUAGACUUCGCCAGAUUCUCUCUCAGUUUGGAGAUAUCGGAAGGAUUUAUCUUGCUCCUGAAAAUCCUGAAGCACAAGUUCAUCGCAAGAAGGCUGGUGGCUUUCGUGGCCAACUCUUUUCUGAAGGGUGGGUGGAGUUUGGUAAGAAAAGAGUAGCUAAAAGGGUUGCGGAAAUGCUGAAUGGAGAACAAAUUGGGGGGAAGAAGAAGUCGACGAUAUACUAUGAUAUUUGGAACAUCAAAUACUUGACCAAAUUCAAAUGGGAUGAUCUUACUGACGAAAUUGCAUACAAAAGUGCAAUACGGGAACAGAAGUUAACUAUGGUUCUCUCUGCUGCGAAGAGAGAGAAGGACUUUUAUCUAGCUAAAGUAGAGAAGUCUCGAGCCAUGACCGAGAUAGAUGCAAGAAUGGAGAAGAAGCGAAAGAUUCAGGAAGAAUCAGGUAGCACUGCUGAAGCAGCACCAGUCUUCCCUCCUAGGAAGAUUCGUCACUUUAGACAGAAGGAAUCAGUUACGAAUGAGACUUCUCAGAGCAAACCUGGGCUCUCCACAGAUUUCUUUGCAUCGGUAUUCGGUGGUUCUUAA